UGCUUUUAUAAUGACUACAAGUCGUCAUUAACAUUGCAUAAAGAAAUAAUAACAAUGAUAAUUAGUGUAAUGCUGCCGUAUAUUUUUUUGUACGGAUCCGCCUCCCUAUUUUUGCGUCCCCUAGAGAGCGCUCCAAAAAGUUUGUAGAAUACGAAGAAAUCACGUGACCUGUCACAACUCCGUUCAACAUGGCGGCGACCGUCUCUGCUUUCCAUCGAAGCAGGCAAGGCUCUAAAAUCGGUGCCCAGUUCGACCAAGACGGCAACAUUAUUCAGGUGGAGGCCCGGGAAGAUGAAGAGCAGAGCAUCAAGCUGGCGGAGAUCCUGGAGCUGCUUUUGGCUGCCGGAUAUUUCAGAGCCCGCAUUAAAGGACUGUCCCCCUUUGAUAAGGUGGUCGGCGGGAUGACAUGGUGCAUCACCACAUGUAACUAUGACAUUGACGUCGAUCUUCUUUUUCAAGAAAACUCAACCAUUGGUCAGAAAAUUGCAUUGACUGAGAAGAUUGUGUCUGUUUUACCAAAAAUGAAAUGUCCUCAUCAUCUGGAGCCCCAUCAAAUCCAAGGACUGGAUUUUAUCCACGUUUUUCCAGUAAUACAGUGGCUGGUGAAGCGAGCCAUAGAGACCAGAGAGCAAAUGGGCGACUAUGUGAGAGCUUACUCCAUAUCUCAGUUCCAGAAAGCUUACAGCUUUCCAGAGAAUGAAGACUUUUGUCAAAAAGGCAAAGCAGUGGGAGCAGUUUCUGAUUUGCUGGAAGUAUACAAACCACAGAGAAAAUACAGAAGGCAAAAUGAUGCUGGGGAAUUACUGGAUGAGGAGUCCAAGGUUCACUCUACAUUGCUGGAAUAUGGCAGGCGUCAUGGAUUCAGCAAACAAGACAAGCUGGAUGACAAAAAAGCUCUUUCAGCUAAGGACCAUGUGACAGAGGUGUCAGAGGAAGAAGCUAUGUGGGCAGCGGAGGAGGUGCGGAUUAAAAGCUUGAUAACCGGAAUGGCUGCCAUGGCUGACGAAGAGGGCCAACUGACUGCCAGCACACUUGGUCAUAUAGUUGGACAACAGUCUGAGGAGAUCAAACUCAUCGCUUCUGAGUAUGCUGUGAAGCACCUGGAGAUAUCCUCAGAGGACUUUACGGAGCGCUAUGGCCCAUUGCACCAGCACCUCCGAGCUGUAGCCUCUCUCAACAAACAGAUACAGCAAAAGAAGAACCAACUUGGGGAGCUACAAACCAAUCAUGCAGAAGUAAAGAAUGGUUGUGACAAGGCGAAGAAAAAGUUGCUCGAGGCAACAGAGCAAUCUGAGAGACUGAAAAAGGAACUGAUGCAUUUUCAGGACAAGGAAGGCCAAGCUGACUGCAGCAUGUUGGAGAAGCUGAGGGAUCUGGUAACAAUGAAUGACACUUUGAAAGUGCAAGAGCAGGAGUUCCGUACACACUGCAGAGAUGAGAUGGCCCUCCUGCAACAGGGCAUUGAGGAGUUGAAGACUGCAUCUGGGCAGGGUACAGAGGAGGAGAAGGAAAGGAAUCAAUUGAUACACAAACAAUAUAAUACAGACAGAGACAAACUACAAAAGAUCCGGCUGCUCAUGGCUCGGAGGAAUCGUGAGGUUGCCAUUUUGCAGAGAAAAAUUGACGAAGUGCCGAGUCGAGCAGAACUAACACAGUACCAGAAGAGAUUUGUUGAACUGUAUAGUCAAGUUUCUGCCACACACAAAGAGACCAAACAGUUCUUCACACUGUAUAAUACCUUAGACGACAAAAAAGUUUACCUUGAGAAGGAGGUAAAUUUGCUGAACUCCAUUCAUGACAACUUCCAACAGGCCAUGUCAUCCUCAGCAGAUAAGGAACAGUUCCUCAGACAGAUGGAGCAGAUUGUGGAGGGAAUCAAACAGAGUCGCAUCAAGAUGGAAAAGAAGAAGCAGGAGAACAAAAUGAGGAGAGAUCAGCUCAACGACGAGUACCUCGAGCUGCUUGACAAACAGAGACUGUAUUUCAAAACUGUCAAAGAUUUUAAAGAGGAAUGUCGCAAGAAUGAAAUGCUGCUGUCUAAGUUGAGAGCGAAAGGAGCAUCUUAGCUGGAAAGGGUUUGUUUCUAUAAAAAUACUGUGCGUCAUCUGUGUAAAAACAUUUAAUGAGUACUGAUCUACCAUUCAGUAUUUGUUUUUCAUGGAUCAUAGUGUUAAACAUGCAUAUGAACUAAAAACUAUUGAGUCAUAUAAAUGGAAAAAAAAAAACACCUUACAGUGGAUUGCUUUAAGAAUGAUUCUAUUAGUGUUUUCUGUCAAUUGUACAUUCAUGUACAAUGGUCGGGGGCCGCUGAAUAAGAUUUCACCAAGAAGACAAAUACAAUUAACAUGUGUCAGGUCUUGUAUUUCAGUCAUCAGUGGUAGGAUCUCCUACUCCUACUACCCUUUUCAGCUUAACCUUUUUUUUUUAUUGCUAUAUUUUAUUUGUUAACAUUUUCUACUUGCUCUCUAGCAUGCUAAAUUCUUAGUUGCUGUUUUCAUGACACUUCUAUGUCCAGAGUUGAAAAUUAAUAAGUCUCUAACUGUCAGGCUAAAAUAUUGUCAUAAGUGUAAAAAUAAGUGACUCUAAUAAAGUGGAAGAUAAAAAUGUUAUAUCUUAUCUUCCCUUUAAUUGAUGGUGUAGACUGGGUUCAGGUAUCAUGGGCACUUUCCCCAAAUCGAUUUGAUUCAUAAGGUUCUAAAGCAAUUAACCACAAUUUAAUCUGAGUUUCACCUAAAUGUUGACAAUGUCUCAGAUUUGUUGCAAAAUACAAAUGUACAUAGUUUAUACUCUUCACCAUAAACAACUUUGGACAGUUUAAGUCUUCUCAAAAAUGCAAUUUUGAAAUAAGCAUGAAGUGAAAGUGAACUUUUACAGAUGUCCCUCGCCACAUCGCGCUUUAACUAUUGUGGCAAUUAAAAAAAAACAUUUGACAAUUUUUUGAUCCUUAAAGAAACAUUUUCAAGUAUUAAAAUAGCUACACUGCUAAAUGUCAGUGUUCAAAAACAAGAAAAAAAAAUACAAAAAUGAGGGGUAUUUUACUUGAACUAAGCAAAAUUAUCUGCCAACAGAACAAGAAAAUUCGGCUUGUCAAGACUUUCCAAAACAAGUAAAAUUUGCUAACCUCAAUGAACCCAAAAAUACCUUAAAAUAAGUAUAUUCUCACUAAUAACAAGUGCUCUUUUCUUGGUAGAAAAAAAAAUUUGACCUUUUUGCUCAUUAUGUUGAAAAAUAUUCUUAAAUUAAGUAAAUGCUGGUGCCAAUAUCUUGACAUAAUGAUAUGCGCUCGGCAUCAUGAUUUUUUUUUUCAUGCUUGAAGUAAGAAAUUAUUACUUUAAAAAGUAGUUUUAUACUUGUGAGUGUUGAUGACACAGCUUUGCAUCAGUUGAUAUUCUAGUUUCAAGCAUGUUUUACUCAAUGUAGGUCAUCAAAUCUCAGCAACAAGCUGUAAUAUCUUACUGAGAUAAUUUAGGACCAAAACACUUAAAACAAGUAAAACACUCUAACAUAAAAUCGGCGUAGUGAGAAGAAUUAUCUUGUCAGACAGAAAAUAAGCAAAUAUCACCCUUAUUUGAGAUAUUUAAUCUUACUUAGAUUUCAGUUUUUGCAGUGUAGAUAAAAAAGAAAUCUAAACUACAGUAGUAUUGGCUACUAGAAAAGACAAAACCAAUCAGAAAAAUCUGUUCAGUAUCGUGGCCACUGAUUGGCUCAGUCUCAGGCACACAGGAGUCAAACUUUUUUUUUUUUUCCGUGGGUCACUUCGCAAUCAUGGGAGCUUCGUGAUACCAAUCAGGAUUUCGCCAUCUUCCAAUCACGCAAAGUAUGUGCGACCUCACAGCCCAAUCCCCACCUUUUGGCCAAUCGAAUUUGUUCCAUCAGCACUUGAACGCGACUGUCUAACCAAUCAAAUGUCUCCCUGCAGCUUUUUGAAAAUGCUGCAGCAAAAAGAGGCAUUUUAUUGAGGCUGCCAACGUCCCUGAGGGACUGAUUAUUUGAUUAUUGCCAUUGUUUACCAACUGACUUCUGAUUUCAAAGCAAGUUUUUCAGCAAAGUGACAAGCAGAUGUUUAAGCUCAUGUAGAAUUUGAUUUAAAAAGGCUUUUAAUUUCAAAAGAAAAGCUUGGAAUAGCUUGUUGUGUCAAAUAAUAUCAAAUUAAGAACUACAUUCACAAAAAUACAUUUAUUCCAUUCUGGACAAAUUGUGAAAUAAGUGAAGCGUUGUGAAUACUUUCUGCACUGUAAAUGUAUACUGAAUUGCCUCAUAAUAUUAACACGCAAUUGCCUAAGUAUUUGAUCAUUAUAUCUUUUUUAAAUACACUGUAAAAAAACAAAACAACAACUGUAGAUUGUGCGGGAAAACCGUCAGCUCAGUCGCCAAAACUGGGAUUUUACAACAUUUUACUGUAAAUUUAAAAACGCUAUUGCUGUUUUUUACGGUACAAAAUCUGCUAGAUUUAACUGCCAAUUUUUAACCGUGAAAUCUAUUGUCCUUUUUACAGUGUACAAUUAGAUGGGUAACUUGCUUGAAAUCAUAAGUCAAGCAGAUAUUUAAGUAUUUAUUUUUAUUUGAACGAAAACAUGUAUGAUAAUAUACUUGUUGCCUUAUUGCAUAUUAAAGUUUAAAAUAUGUGCUUUUU